AUUGAAAAAGACGAGGGCCUAGUAGCCAUCGUCGAUCCCCAAGUCUCCGCGGCGGAGGCGCUCGCGUCGCGACCCCGUCGCCGCCGCCGGCGAUCCGCUCCAGCCGAACCCCGCCGCACCGCCGCGGUAGCUGCCGUCGGCGAGGUGCGUCUCGGCACCGGACUCCAGGAAUCGUGCUGCUGCUGGAACGCCGCGCCCGCUCAGCCGGCGGCCGGGCGUCCCGCGUGGCUCGCUGGCAUCGAUCGGGGAUCCCUCCUACGGGCUCGCCGUCGCGGAGGUUUCAGGGGACCGGCGCUUGGACACGCUCUUUCCUCAUCAAUCUGCUGACGUUUUGAAAUAUUGGAAUGCUUCUGUCGUCGAAUUUGGUUAUCUACAGCAUCUGAAUUGGUUAUAACUUAUAACUUAUAAGUGGCAUGUCUGCGAAGGUUCCAAGAUUUGCUUUAGGCGCCUAGAAGCUAAUUCCGUUGGGAUGGCAGAUUGGGCUGGUCUUCAGACUGAUAUCCUUGGUGUAAUUGUAAAGAAGCUUGCCGUCCCUGACUAUCUGAGAUUCCGUGCUGUAUGCACAUCUUGGAACCAUCUCUGUAGGGAUGUAUUCAACUGUCCAAGGAUAGACCCAUGGCUGAUGCUCCCUACAAAUGCGCUUAAUGAUUCUAAAUUUUUGUGUGUACCUGAAAGGAAGAACCAAACCAUUCGUCUCCCGAGCACUGUUACAAUCUUUGGCUCCACCUGGAUUCCUGUUGGUUCUUCCCAUGGUUGGCUCAUCUUUUACAGCCCAUCUCAUGGAACCAUGCAGCUGGUUAAUCCCAUUAGUGGCAUGCAGUUCAAUCUUCCCCCAAUCGGACGAAGGGCCUUCUCCAAGGCCAUGUUGCUUGACAUGAAUGACACAAACUUCACUGUUGCUGUCAUCUUACGUGACCAGAAAGGAUAUAAGGUAACGCGUAAAGGAAGCAACAGCUGGUCAUCAGUGGAAUCAAAGCAUGAUCUAGUGGAUAUCUUCAAGCACAGGAGACAGCUUUACACCGUUGAUAUAUAUGGCACAGUUCAGUUGUGGGCAGAACCGCCCCGUUCAUGGCCAGAUGAAGAUGCCCCGCAGGUGAAUGACCCGUAUCAUAACCUCAUUCACUAUCCGCAUCAACAUGGAAAGCUUAACUGUUUGGUGGAGUCCCCAGCUGGUGAUCUAAUGAGGGUGAAGCGGCAAUCAAAUGAUAAGUUUGUGGUCUGGAUUCUGGACAAGGGGACAUUUUCCUGGGAGAAGGUUGAUAACAUCGGGGACUUUGCGCUGUUUGUCAGCUACUACAGCUCGGUCUGUUACCGGGCGAAGGAUCAUCUCAACCUGAAGUCGAAUUGUGUCUACUUCAUUGACUCCUACAGCAACCUGUGCGCAUUCAACCUGGAGAACAGGACGAAGGAGCUCGUCGAAGCUCUUGAGCCCGCCCAUGCCCACGGUCAUCCAGAGCCUCACGCUGUCCGGCGCAGGCCGGAAGGACAGAGGUACAUGUGGUUAAUCCCUUCGCUGAGAUAAACCAAUGGAGGAUGAAAGCUACGGUACACAUCCCCGUUGUCUCUGAACUUACUACAGUAUAUGUGACUGUCGCUAAUUUCAUAAAAGUAUUGGGCAUAUCUAUAGCACUUCUGUAGAUAAAUCAACUGUCUGAACUUUGGACAACUCGUGGUUUGUGAUUAUCGUGUAUUUUGUAAUAUAUAUAUAUAUAUAUAUAUAUAUAUAUAUAUUAUAUAAGUUAUCCUUGUCCAAAUUGUUUAAA